AUGCCUGUGGGAGACGCGACCCCCAAAAUCGUGGCGCCGAUUCACCUUCUUCCGCAACGGCGUGACAGUCCCCUCGAUCUCCGGCGAGGUGGAGUCUGGGGCAUGACUACCACGAGCCGCGACGCUUACACUCCCCUCGAAUCGCUGUUCCUGCUCCGCGGCAUCGCUAAACACGGUCUCGACCAGCAGGCCUUUCACCGCAUCGCCGACCUUCUUCAGCAGAACCACCUCAUCAAGCUUGCUCCCUCGUACGAUGCCGCGAGACUGAGGCCCGAGCCUCUCCAGGAGCUCUUCCUCCACCUGCUGUGGGACGAGCUGAAGCAAGAGCACGACACCCCAGGCCCCAAACCCGAUGGAGAUCUGUCUCCGAACUCGAAACGGCGACGCUUGCAGCCCCCGCCGCUGCCCACUCUGAGGGAAGCCCAUCAAUAUGUGCCCAAGAUCGAAAGCCUUUACCGGAAACUCGAGCAGACAUACGUCAACCAGACUCUCCAGGAGAUUGACCAGUACGAGAGACACUAUGACCGGCUUCAAACUGAGGUGCGGGUGCUAGAGCAGGCAGUUGCUCGGGACGAGGAGCAGGAGAGGAGGCAAAAGAUUUCAGAUGGUGUACCGGCUCAGGACGGUCCCGUGGCACAUAAGCAAAGUCCGGCUUUGGGUUCGGUUCCCAGUCCAGUUGCCGUUCAGGGUCCCGGGGCUAGGCUGCCUAAUGGCGCCAGUCACGGUCCUUCGCCAGUUGCUUCACCGCGGAUCGCUUCACCACGACUACCGCCUCCGCAAUCUCAGUCUCCCCGUACUCCUUCGACUCCCCAGCUACCGAUACCUACUCCUCCUCCUCCUCCUCCUCCUCCUCCCCCGCCGCCGCCGCCGCCGCCGAUUCCACCGCAGCUACCGCCCCAGGUAUCCGCUCAUAUACCGCCACGGCCCGAAGUCGCUCGUCAUGCGAGCGUGCCGUCUCCCACGACUCAGCUACCGCCAGUCAGGUCGAGUCCCGCACCGUUGCCUCCUACUACGCUGCCUCCGACUCUACCCCCGACUACAACGGCAGCAUUGCAGCCACAGCUGGUGAGCUCUCCGCGGUUGGGACAUCACAACAUUCCUCGGGGUCCGAUUACGUCCGGUCCUGGUUCUCCAAGGCCUAUGACUGCCGGUAGUGGGAUACCGCAUGUCCUUCAACCCCCAGCUUCGUUCUCCCAGGCGCCUCCUCAGCCACCUCAGCCACCCAAGCCUUCGACUCCUACCGGAGGACUGCCACGACUAGACAGCAUUGCAGGACCUUCGAGACAGUCUCCGGUUCUUCAGACUGCUCAUCACCCUGCAACUACUCUCCCUCAGCCACAGCCACUGAUCCCUGGACAGGCACAGGGUGGGCAACUCAAAUGGGAGCCUCCAUAUCAACCACAAGCUGGCCAUCGUUCUAUCUUGGGCCCUGGACAGCAACAUCCCCAUUACAGCCCUGUAUCACAACCUGCCCAGCCGCUGCACUCGCCUAGGCUGCCUUCGCAUCCGCCACCUCAGCAGGUACAGCAACAUCCAGUGGUAACAAGGCCACCCCAGCCGCCACCUAUGAAGCCGCAGGUCUUGAUACCUCCUCAGACUGGCCAACAUUAUGCUCCUCCUUUGCAGCCGGCGCCUAAUAGGGCCAUGUCCGACUCACCUGGUCCGAGUCCUGUUCGGCAACCGGUGGCUUCUAAUGCGGCUACGGGAAUACCCAGGGCUAAUUACCAGCAACAUCCCUCGCCAUAUCCUCCAUAUCAUCUUCCCCAGCAUCUGCAGCAGGGUGCUGCGGUUUCUUCACCGCCGCAAUCGCCGUCUGCGAUUCCACCGAGACUUACUCAUGGGUUGGCUGCUCCUCAGCAGCAACGAUCGCCUCCGCCGCUGCAGCCACAACAACAGCAGUCGCCUCAACAUCAACCUCAGGCGCUACAGGCUCCUUCGCCGUUCAGCCAGCCGGUUACGACGUCUAUGGCCCCGUCGCCGUCUUUGGCACCUAUUCAGUCGGAGGUACAGAGGGCUUAUCCUUCGCCAUACCCACCUCAGCUACCGCAGCCUUCUCAUCCACCACAGGCACAUCCGCCGCAAGCGCCUCAUCCGCCUCAAGUGCCGCAUCAACACCCGCCGCAGGCACACCAAGUUCCUCAGGUGCCCCAAGCAUCACAGGCUCCUCAACCUCAUGUUCCACGGGCACCACAGGUUCAUCCAACGCCACAUCUACCGCAUCCACCGCAGGCUCCCUUGCCCCAGGUUACCCAAGCUCAAUCACCGCGGAUUCCCCCGAUCACUCAUGCUCCUCAGCUACCGGUCACCCAUGCGCCGCAUGUACCACAUCCACCGCAACAGCAACAACAACAACAACAACAGCAGCAGCAGCAACAACCACAACAACCACAACAACCACAGCCCCCGAUCCCACAACACAGGCCACGCUCGCAUUCUGCCGCGACAACUUAUUCCGGACCCCGGUUCAGCCCCAUCACUUCGGUCACUACUACUCUGGUACCUCCCGCAAAACUGGGUCUCGGCACUGGCACCAAGUGGGUGUCUGCAGCUAGUGCGUCUACCCCUAAGCUACCUGAUGUCCGGUCUGGCGGUGAUGAGAUUCGGCCUCCUGCGUUUGAGCCACUUAGUCCUGUACAGCAGCCUGCGGUUUUGCCAACGGCCAGGCAAGAUGCAGCCAGACCUUCUCCGGCUCGACAGCCGACGAAUGAAACGUCUCGAGCUAGGGGAAGCAUCCCUCUCGUUGGUCCCCAACCUACCCCGGCGUCACAGGCUCGUCAGCAAGCAGCUCAGAAGGUAUCAAGGCCACUGGAUAAACCAACCGCUUCUGAACAACCCAGCACGGUGAAGGAAAUUGCUAGAGAAUCCGCCAAGGAGCCUGAGCCAGCCACCAGUGUCAAGAACGAGGUGGACACGCCCCGGGCUACAAUGGACACGGGUGAUACGACAGCAGACGAGAGUGUCGCUGGUAAGCGUCAAGCAGCUCGACAGGCGAAGCGUAAACGGGAUGAGCUAUCACCCACUCCGGCUGCCACUCCCGCCGAAGCCACUCCCAACGGCAACGCAACCCCUGCCAACGAAAAAUCCCAACAAGAAACACUCGCGACGGCGUCAGCCACACCACCCGACGCACACAGAGUCCUUUGGAGCCGCGGUUUCCACAAAGUUAGUGCCUCUGCCAUGGAACAAAUCGUUCGCCAUCGCUCUGCCAACAUGUUUGCGGCGCCCAUCCGCGAGAAAGACGCUCCCGGUUAUCAUAAGGUGAUACUGCAGCCUCAAGACCUUAAAUCCAUCCGGGCCGCCAUCGCCCACGGCAACCGUUCCGCCACCCAAGCUGCCGCUGCCCUACCGGGUGGAGACCCGGGACAUAUGCUGGUCUGGCUGCCGCAAAUGGAAGAGCUCGUCCCCCCCAGGGGCAUCAUCAACACGGCCCAGCUGGACCGCGAGCUGGCGCACAUGUUUAGCAACGCCAUCAUGUACAACCCAGAUCGCUGGCACGGACCUGGGAGUUCCUUCCUAGCGGAAAGAGAGGAAAGGACUGAUGAUAACAAUCAGGCAGGUGGGCACGGCCACGGUCAUCCAGGGGAUGUGCUGGGAUACAAGGUGGACGAGUUCGGCGUGGUAAAAGAUGCGAGGGCAAUGUUUUCCGAGGCCGAUUCGCUGUUGGCGGACUUGAGGGUUGCGGAGGAUGGGAGGGUCAAGUCGAUGAUGGAGGACGGGACGCUGCAGAAGAUGCCGUCGGUGAAUGGAAGUCAGAAUCAUUCCAGGCAGGCGAGUAAGGGGGGUGAGAAGGCUGAAGAAGAGCAGAAGGAAAAGGAUAAGCCUAGUGGUGACGGUGAUAAGGAGAAAGACAAGGAUGGUGAUGUAUCAAUGAUCGGCGAUAAGGAGGAGGAGGCACAAGUGGAUGGGAAGGUUGAUGAGGAAGCGGAUGGAGAAGGGACGGCGACUGAGACUGAAACUGCUGGUGGGAGCAAUGGUAAUCCAAGCAAGCGGAGGAGGGUGACAAGAGGGGAGAAGGGUUGAGAUGUUGGUGCAUAAGGACGAUGUUGAAGAGUAUGUAUCUGUUAAGGACAGAAAAUUUGUGGCUGUAAUGAUCAUCGCACAUGAUUUCGCUAUUACUCCCCCUCUGUUUAGAUGCUGGUCUAGACUUUAUGGCUGAGUUGAUCCCCAUAUCGAAAAUAUAAACAAAGUUAGCAACUUCAUAGCCAU